AUGUCAAACGCGAUAGAGGAUCCCCGGGUCAGGGCGGCCAUUGAGCACUACCUGUUAGAUCUGGAGAACACCCAGCCGAAGAAUACGAAGCGAAAUUAUCGUCCCAAGCAGGAAGAAUGGAAGGAGUGGUGUCAAGCCAACUGGCCUGCGAUCCCGGACGUUUGGCCGGCCUCGGUACCACAGGGCCAACAGCUACCGGGAGACCUGGUCGAUGAAGGAAAGCUCUUGCUCUUCAUGAAGGAGAUACCCGACCACACCAACGUGGCAUGGUCCGAGAGAGAGAUCGCCUGCGCCCUGAGGACGCAGGUGGACUUUCUGCUCGGGAACCACAUGCUGCUGCGGUCCGGCAACCGCCUGCCGAUGGAAAAAGGCGGAAAGGUUUCCGUCUUCCAAAGAAGCGAAGACUGGUAUGAAACGAAGGUGCUCCGCCGAUCGGCGAAGGAGCCUCAAGCUCCGUUGUCGGGCCAGACUGCCCGAGAAUGGACGUCCAGGUUCUACAAGAAGGCCGGCAUCAAGGUCUCCAAGGUCAGCCACGCGCCUAGAGUGGCGGCGACGCAAAACGCCGACAUGGCCGGAGUGGAUGAAGGCCAGAUCCGCCGAGCCGAGCUGGAGCAGAACAUGGCCGCCGGCGCCUUCUUGGAACUCCUGGAGUGGCUUCGAGAGGUGCUCCUGCAGGACGCUGUCUUCCUUCGCGAGUCCUACCCCGACCAUCCUAUCUUUCAGGAUCCGGUCUUCUCUUGCCCCGAGUUUGAAGCGUUCGCCAGCAAAGUUCAAGACACAUGCACACGGGACCACGAAGACAGCCAUACCACGGUCAUUCAAAAGCGAUCCCGGUGGUUGCGGAGAAGCUGCGCACAUUGGAUGAGUUUGCGCAGGCCACCUACACCGUCACCUUCAGCCCCGGCCAAGGUGCUGCAGGUCAACAUGCGGAGAUCGCGGGAGCUCAUCAACAGAGGCGCCGCGCUCCACGAGAGACGGUCCUCAGGUCCGAGAUAG